CUCUCGUCGUGUUCCCAUUUCAACUUGUCUCUUUCCUACACGUAAAAGCCAUAAAGGAGAGAUUUUUUCAUUCUCGCCACAACUCCCACUAUAUAAAAAGCUUCGAUCUUUUGAAUCAAACAUUUAGUUAGGUAGGAUUUACUGUAAUCAUCGACGUGUACUCUCAAUCAAUUCUCAUUUGUCCCUUUUCUUCUCCAUCUUUGGUUUCGUCGCCAUUUAGAACAGGGAAUAUCUGGCAAAAUGGCUUCUACGACUAUGUCUCACCAAGCGAUCGGGUCUACCGUCUCUCAUAGACCUUUCAGAGCUUCUCAGUUUCUUAAGGAGCCUUUGAAUGUACCAAUGAAUUUUAUACCAAAAAGAUUCAAGAUUGAAGCAACUGCAUCAUCUCAGGUUUCUGUCAUUGGCAAUACUGUCCUGUCUCCUUCCAAGAACAAACCUUUUGAAUCCAAGAAGAAAUCCAAUGAAGCUGCCUUAAUAUUGAUUAGGCAUGGAGAAUCGUUAUGGAAUGAGAAGAAUCUGUUCACGGGUUGUGUUGAUGUGCCAUUGACUCAGAAAGGUGUGGGAGAAGCUAUUGAAGCUGGCAAGAAGAUUAGCAACAUUCCUGUAGAUUUGAUCUUCACUUCAUCUUUGAUCCGUGCUCAGAUGACCGCAAUGCUUGCUAUGACUCAGCAUCGCCGCAAGAAGGUUCCGAUCAUCUUGCACAAUGAGAGUGUAAAGGCGAAAACUUGGAGUCAUGUGUUCAGCGAAGAAACUAGAAAACAAUCUAUCCCCGUCAUAGCGGCUUGGCAGCUGAAUGAGAGAAUGUAUGGAGAAUUGCAGGGUUUGAACAAGAAAGAAACAGCGGAAAGAUACGGGACACAACAAGUUCACGAAUGGCGUAGGAGUUACGAAAUUCCUCCUCCUAAAGGCGAGAGUUUGGAGAUGUGCGCUGAGAGAGCAGUUGCUUAUUUCGAAGACAACAUCAAACCAGAGCUUGCAUCUGGAAAUAACGUAAUGAUUGCUGCUCAUGGGAACUCAUUGCGAUCUAUCAUUAUGUAUCUAGACGAUUUAACUUCUCAAGAGGUUACAACUCUAGACCUAUCAACGGGUAUACCAUUGCUCUAUAUCUUCAAAGAAGGAAAGUUCAUGAAACGAGGAAGCCCGGUUGGUCCUACUGAAGCUGGUGUCUAUGCUUAUACGAAGAGAUUGGCACAAUACAGAGAGAAGCUUGAUGAGGCGUCCCUUAAAUAAUGUCUUCCAGAAAUAAACCGAAAAUCAGUUCUUUUUGUGUUUUACUUGCUUAGCUAUGUAGUGACAAAACAAUCAGGAACAGUUUAAAUAUGUAUUAGAUUCAUUGCAUGUUAUUUCAAAUAUUAAAAAAAAAAAAGCCAAUUCAACUUGA